AACGUUAACGACUACAUUCCGGCAUACGUUAGUGAUUUGUGGAAAGUACAGUUCGAAGCACAGCAAGACUGACCAGAACAUAAACCAAGGGAUGAAUCGAAUGGCUUUGAAGAAAUCUUCCUACGGUAUGGAAGAGGAUGAUGACGACGAGGAGGAAGAGGCCGACGGUAAGGGAGGCGAUUCAACUGACUCAGAUUUCGACGAUGACGAAGAUCCAGACGAGAUUGAAGUACCAGGCGGCGGGAAAGAUCUUGCAACGGUGGCCACGCUGACUAAGAAGUACAAAACGGAAGCGGGAAGCUCAUCGAACAUCAUUGGUGGAAUUGGUCCAGAGCUCGGUAUGGCAGCAACCGGUAUGAAUAAAACCGAUCAGCAGCAACCACAACCACCAGCACCGGUGCAGCAACUGAACAAGAUCGCCAAUUUUGUGAUUAAGCAACCCUCCAAAGAUUCGAUAGCGGCAGCGGCAAGCGCUGGUGGCACGAUUUUAUCCAAAUCCACCCCAUUAAGCGCGAUGAUGAGGCCAAGCAGCGGUACGCGGUUGGGUGGGGUUGGUACACCGGGCACCACCGGUAUCGGCACUGGGGGCAGUGUGGAGAUGUCCGGCAUGGGUUACGGUGGGAACACAUCGAUCGGCGGAGGAACCAGUGCGAUCGGUGCCGACAGCAUGAACAAAAUCAUGACGAACCAACUGAUGCUGCAGAACCUGCAGGCAAUGCUGGUGGCGAAUCCACACUAUCUAACCAGCGGCAUACCGACGCAGCUAAUCUCCCAAAUGGUGAUGGCAGAUCCCAGCAAGUUGCAGUUAAACCAAAUGCCCGAAGAGGAGGAAGCGGAAGAUGAAGAGAUGGGUGUUGCGGAAACGUACGCCGAAUAUUGGCCGGCAAAAUUGAAAAUAGGUAAGAAACAUCCAGAUCCGGUGGUGGAAACAGCGUCGCUGUCGUCCGUGGAACCAAGUGACGUUUACUACCAGGUAUCGAUUCCAUCGGAGACUAUCAAUGGUGGGUUGUUGAGUGCGCUGCAGCUAGAAUCGAUCACGUACGCGAGCCAAGCGCACGCCCAUUUAUUGCCGGACGGAACACGGGCCGGGUUUUUGAUAGGAGAUGGUGCCGGUGUCGGUAAGGGACGUACGAUCGCCGGCAUCAUAUACGAAAACUAUCUGAAAGGGCGCAAAAAGUCCAUCUGGAUAUCGGUCUCGAACGAUCUGCGGUACGAUGCUGAGCGCGAUUUGCGAGACAUUGGUGCUGGCAAAAUCGAGGUUCUUGCACUGAACAAGCUAAAGUAUGCCAAAAUUAAUUCCUCCGUAAAUCAUAACGUCAAGAAGGGUGUCAUAUUCGGCACAUAUUCCGCACUGAUUGGAGAGUCGCAGAGCACGGCCGGGAAGUAUAAGUCGCGUCUCAAGCAGCUGCUGCAAUGGUGCGGUCUUGACUUUGACGGUGUUAUCGUAUUCGACGAGUGCCAUAAGGCGAAGAAUUUGUGCCCGGUGGGAUCGAGCAAACCGACCAAAACAGGUCUCACCGCGCUGGAGCUGCAGAACAAGUUGCCCAAGGCGCGCGUUGUUUAUGCUUCGGCAACCGGUGCAUCGGAGCCGCGCAAUAUGGCGUAUAUGGUGCGGUUGGGCAUCUGGGGCCAGGGGACACCGUUUCCGUCCUUUAACGAUUUUAUACAAGCCGUUGAAAAACGUGGCGUCGGUGCAAUGGAGAUUGUUGCAAUGGAUAUGAAGCAGCGUGGAAUGUACAUUGCCAGGCAGCUAAGCUUCCAUGGUGUAACGUUCAAGAUAGAGGAAGUACCGCUGACGAAAGAUUUUAAGCUAGUGUAUGAUGCUUCGGUCGAGCUGUGGGUUGAAGCGAUGCAAAAGUUUACCGAAGCGGCAGAACUGAUCGAUGCGGAGAGCCGAAUGAAGAAAACGAUGUGGGGCCAGUUCUGGUCGGCGCACCAACGAUUCUUCAAAUACCUUUGCAUCGCCUCGAAGGUGAACCAUGCGGUUAAGGUGGCUCGGGAGGCUAUUAAGUACGGCAAGUGUGUGGUAAUCGGUUUACAGUCGACCGGUGAAGCGCGUACGCUCGAGCAGCUGGAACGGGACGAUGGUGAGCUAAGCGAUUUUGUGUCAACGGCAAAGGGUGUGCUGCAGUCGCUGGUAGAAAAACAUUUCCCGGCACCGGAUCGGAGUCGCAUCAACCGGUUGCUCGGGCUGACGGAUACUCGCAAGCAGUUCAGCAGUAUUCUGGAAGAUAUUGCGCGUAGCAAGGAGGCUGCAUCGUCUGCGAUGGACGCAAAACGCAAAAGAGCCGCCGGUACAGCAGCAACAAAAGCUCCGGGAGUGCCAAAGACCAAGCGUUCCAGAAACAAUGGCUCGUCGGAUGAGGAUGGAUCAGAUUCGGAUGCGUCUUCUUCUGCUUCGUCGCCGAAACGGUCGAAUGAAUCCGACUUCCAGCCAUCCGAUAGUGAACCGGAGGAAAGCGAUAACGAUCACUACGACAGUGCUGCAAGUCAAAGCGAUGAGUAUAAUCCAUUCUUCACCGGAUCGGGCAGUGACGAUGAUGAUCCAUGGGUGAGCAGCAAAACGAAAUCGUCCGUUAGUAAAUCGAAAGUAAAGACGAAAAACAAAUCUACCGCACCACCGGUGACAGCACCGGCAUCGACAACAGCUACACCGAUGGCCCUCAGUGGAACGACGGCUGGGAGGAAGAAACCGGUGAGCACGCAGGACAAAAUACAGGCACACCUGACGAAGAAGCAAACCGACACUAAACCGACCACCAUUCAGUCAAGCAAUGGGUUUUCCAUUCAGCUAGCCGGUGGCCCACCGCCCAAGGAUGCGAUCGAACGUGCGUGUCAGAUGAAGGACGAGCUGUUGGCGAAAAUUGAACGGCUAGGCGAUCGGCUUCCGGCCAACACGCUCGAUCAGCUAAUCGACGAGCUGGGCGGACCGGAAAACGUGGCCGAAAUGACGGGACGCAAAGGGCGCGUGGUACAGAAUGACGACGGUUCCAUACAGUACGAAUCGCGCUCGGAACAGGACGUACCGUUGGAAACGCUCAACAUAACGGAGAAGCAACGCUUCAUGGACGGUACCAAGGAUGUGGCAAUCAUUUCCGAGGCCGCCUCUAGCGGUAUUUCCCUGCAGAGCGAUCGACGGGUGCGCAAUCAAAGGCGGCGCGUGCACAUAACGCUAGAGCUGCCCUGGUCGGCCGAUCGGGCUGUUCAGCAGUUCGGUCGUACGCACCGCUCGAAUCAGGUGAACGCACCCGAAUACAUGUUCCUUAUCUCAGACCUGGCGGGCGAACGGCGGUUCGCUUCGACUGUGGCGAAGCGGCUAGAAUCACUCGGUGCCCUCACGCACGGUGAUCGGCGGGCGACGGAAACGCGUGAUCUGUCGCAGUUCAACAUCGACAACAAGUACGGUCGGACGGCGCUGGAGGCGGUGAUGAAAACGAUCAUGGGCUACGAGACACCGAUUGUGCCGCCUCCGGCCGACUACCUGGGUGAUUUCUUUAAGGACGUCGCCGGAGCACUCGUUGGGGUGGGUUUGAUCGUAAACAGCGAACAAAUGCCGGGUGUACUGGGCCUGGACAAGGACUACAACAACAUAUCGAAGUUCCUGAACCGUAUCCUCGGCAUGCCGGUGGAGCUGCAGAACCGGCUGUUCAAGUACUUUACCGAUACCCUCGAGGCUACCAUCGAGCAGGCGAAGAAGCGUGGCCGGUUCGAUUUGGGUAUCUUAGACCUCGGAGCUGCUGGUGAAAACGUGACGCGUAUCAAGCUUAUUCGUUUUGCACGUAAGCAUUCGACCGGUAUUGCGCCUACCGAGCUGCACGUCGUUAAGGUUGAGCGAGGCAUGAUUUGGCAGGAAGCAAUUGACAAGUGGGCAGAGUUGGGGGGCGAUAAGGAAGGUUUCUACAUCUCGCAACAUCCCCGCAACGGCAAAUACAACGCGAUACUGGCGAUUGAGAUCGAAACGCCGACCAAAAAGAAAACCCUUACGGGGGGUGAUGUUAAGGGCAAGAAGGAAAUCACCCAUUUCCAGAUCUUCCAUCCAAAUACGGGCCUACAGUUCAAGCACGAGACGCUAGCUGAGCUGGAGAAGAAGUACAAAAAGGUGCUCAGCACGGAAGCGGAACCACACUGGACGCAGCUUUACGAUGCAUCGAUAAAUACUUGCUCGCACAGCUACUGGAAGGGCCACUGUCGUAACGUUUCGCUCGGGCAUGAAUGUGAGGUCGGUUUACGACGGCGUACAUAUAGUGUACUUUCCGGAUCGGUGCUCGCCGUAUGGGCACGGGUCGAGAAUAGUCUGGCCGCACGCAUUGGCAACCAGUCACGCCUGCAAGUGAUUCGCCUGAAGACGAAGGAAGGCGUCAAGAUCGUCGGUACGCUCAUUCCAAAGAACUGCGUCGAGCAGCUGGUGAAAGAUCUCGCUAGCGAUUCCGAGAAGGUGGAUGAGGUAUUGUUUGACGACCAGUAAAGUCGAAUUUAAUUCCUAUGCUCAUCAUCAUGAUCACCCAUCGUACCACGACGACGUUGUCUUUUGUUCAAGAUGGAAAGGUUUGAAAUGCAGUUGUGCAAUGGUUGGUUUUCUGUUGCUAACU